AUGGAGGGUGUAUUUUUCAACAACGAUAACGGUUACAUCGAGGGAAUUGUUCGCGGUUAUCGCUCCGCGCUUCUCACCGGUGCCAACUAUGCCAACUUGACUCAAUGCGACACUCUUGAAGAUUUGAAGUUGCAGCUUUCUGCCACCGACUACGGUAACUUCUUAGCCAACGUUCCGGGCUCAUUAUCUACCUCAAUCAUUGCUGAGAAGGCCAAUGAGAAGCUUAUAGAGGAGUUCCGCUACAUCCAAAAGCAAGCUGUCCAGCCGCUUAGCAAAUUUAUGGACUACAUCACAUAUGCGUACAUGAUUGACAAUGUUGCUUUAUUAAUCACUGGAACUCUUCAUGAACGCGAUACGCACGAGCUUCUGGAGAGAUGUAACCCUCUUGGAUGGUUCGAAUCUCUCCCUGCUCUCUGUGUGGCCACCAAUGUCGAAGAGCUAUACAACACUGUCUUGAUUGACACUCCUCUUGCGCCCUACUUCAAAGAUUGUCUGUCGGCUGCAGACUUGGAUGACCUUAACAUCGAGAUUAUCCGAAACACGCUUUACCGGGCUUACUUGGAAGACUUUUACGCUUUCUGCAAAAACUUGCCCAACCCCUCCAACGAAAUCAUGAGCGCCCUGUUGGACUUCGAGGCUGACCGUCGUGUCAUCAAUAUCAGUCUUAACUCUUUCGGCACAGAAAUUACUCGUGAGGAACGUUUGCAGCUCUCGCCCAAGUUUGGCAAGCUGUACUCCGCGGGAACUGAGGCCCUUGCGUCCGCAGACGAUAUCGAGCAGGUUCGUUUGACGGUUGAGUCUGUCGGUGACUACAAGGGAUUUUUCGAUACGUCGAACAACAAGUCGCUGGAGGACCACUUCUAUCUCCGCGAGAUGGAGUUGUGCAGAAAUGCAUUCACCCAGCAGUUCACCUAUAGUGCCAUCUGGGCGUGGGUUAAGGCGAAGGAGCAGGAAAUCCGAAACAUCACAUGGAUUGCUGAAUGCAUUGCCCAAAACCAAAAGGAAAGAAUCCAGAACUAUAUCUCCGUGUUUUAG